AUGGCUGAUACAGGAGCUAUGGUUUUUCAAAGAGCAUUGAAGGACUACUCUAGUUCUAUUGUGGAGGGUUGUUAUUCUAGCAUUAGGAGACCACCAGUUCAAACAAAUAAUUUCAAGAUAAAGCCAACCAUUAUUCAGAUGAUACAGAACUCGGUCCAAUUCAUAGGGUUGCCUAGUGAUGAUCCUAACUUGCAUAUCCCUAAUUUUUUUGAGCUAUGCAACACAUUUAGGCAUAAUGGACUAUCUAAUGAUGCAAUUAGGCUACAACUUUUCCCAUUCUCUGUUCAAGAUAAGGCUAAGGCUUGGUUGAUUUCUUUGUCAUCUGGGAGCAUCAUGACAUGGAACGAGUUAGCUCAAGCGUUCCUUACUAAAUAUUUUCUACCUGCCAAGCUGAGAAGUGAGAUUACCAAUUUCUUCCAACAGGACAUGAAGUCAUUGUAUGAAGCAUGGGAAAGGUAUAAGGAUCUUUUACAGAGUUGUCCUCACCCUGUGUUACCAAUCUGGUCACAAGUGCAAUCGUUCUACCAAAGGUUGCUACCAAAUAUUCAAGCUAUGAUAGAUGCUGCAAGUGGAGGAGCCUUGAAUAGCAAAACACCAGAGAAAGCGUACAAUUUGAUUGAGGUAAUGGUGCACAAUAGUUACAUGAGGACUUCAGAGAGAAAUUCAAUAAGGAAAGCAGCGGGAGUGCAUGAAUUUGACGGCUGUAUCGCAUUGGUUGCGCAACUUUCAAACAUCCAAAAGCAAUUAGGUAAUGUACUAAAGAUAAAUGCAAUUGAAUCCUCUUCUCUAACAUGCGAACUCUGUGCAAGUAAUCACUCAGCCAAAGAUUGUCAAGAAGGGAAUCCGUUUGCUCAACUUGAACAAACUAACUAUGUCAAUAAUUUCCAAAGGGGGAAAGGGAAUCCAUAUUCCAACACAUACAAUCUGGCAUGGAGGAAGCAUUCGAACUUCUUAUGGAGCAACAACAAUGAACACAAACAACCUUCUGGUUUUCAAGCUCAAGUGCCAAAAUCUAACUUGGAGAAUAUGCUUACCAAGUUUAUUGAAGAGACAAGCAAGAGGUUUGAAAAUAACAAAAUCAUUGCCCAAAAUCAGUCAACCUCUAUCAGAAACCUUGAGACUAAAAUGGGGCAAAUCAAUAACAUAAUAGUGGGAAGAUUUCAAGGAGUUUUUCCAAGUUAUGCAAAGAAGAACCCCAAGGAACAAGUCCAUGCAAUCACCUUGAGAGUGGAAAAACCUUGGAGAAUUUAG